AUGUUCCCACAUAGUGACACUGCUCUGCUGGAGGCGGUGCGGAUCAGCGCAAAGGGCCAGCAGGUGCUGUACCUGGCCCAGGGAGACUCUGUGAGGCUGGGCUGCCCCUAUAUCCUGGAGCCUCAGGACAAUGGACCCUCCAACCUGGACAUCAUAUGGACCAUGGUGAACCCUGAGCAGAGGCUGCCAGUGAGUCUGAGCCCCACCCCUCAUCCCACUUCCUUAUUCCUGACCUACCAGGACCAGAAGAUCAGGUACGGCAGCGUCCCAGGCCUGCAGCAGAGGGUGUCAUUUGUGGCCCAGGACCCAAGCUUGUAUGAUGCCUCCAUCCACCUGGCAAACCUGCAGGUGUCAGACUCGGCCACCUAUGAGUGCAGGGUGAGGAAAGCCACUGUCGACACCCACUUGAUCACCAUUACUGUGCUCGAGAAGCCGGCCGCCCCUCGGUGCUGGAUGGACGGGGAGCCGGUCAGGGGAGGCAACCUCAUGCUUAGGUGCUGCUCUGAUGGGGGCUCCCUUCCCCUCUCCUACCAGUGGUCCAAGAUGGGAGGGGACUAUGCCAUGGGCUGGCUGCCCCCCAGAACAGUACAGGGGCAAGGCUCGGGGGACCUGAUGAUCCAGAGCCUGUCGCAGGAGCACUCCGGGACCUACUGCUGCCGCGUGACCAACAGGGUGGGUUACACCCAGUGCAUGGUGCAUGUCUCCGUCCCUCGUGUCGGCUACACAGGUUCAAGGAAUGUGGGGCUCAUUGUGGGCUCUGUCCUGGGGGCCAUUUUCCUUCUGAUCCUGCUGCUCUCGAUCCUCUGGGCCCUGCUGUGGUACUGCAGACGGAGGCACUGCCAGCCCGUGGUGCCCAUCGAGAUCAGGUGA